AUGGCCAUCCAAUUCCGUUCAUUUUUCCCUUUGGCAUUGCCUGGAAUGCUAGCACUCCUUGGCUGGUGGUGGUUUUUCUCUCGUAAAAAAGAACACGCCAGUAGCCAUGACAAACAGGGGGAGGCUAGUCCUGUGGAGCUGAGGGCUGGCCCUGCCAUCGAGGAACUGGCCCCUGUGGAAGAUACCUGUCUUGUGGUAGUGACCACACCCCCCAGUGUCACACAACCAGCAGAAGAGGAGCUGGCCACUGUGUACAAACCUUCCACAGAGCCCCCGGCCUUGCUGCGGUCACAUCCAGCCUGUCGUAGAUCAGAGUCCUCAUGCAGCCUGUCUAACACUACGGACACGAGAGUUCGACCAGAAACAUGCAGAGAUGAUAGUGCAAUGGUGGAACCAGCCCAAACAGGUGAUGAAGCCAAGCCUGUUCCUCUGGAGCAUGCCCUGGCAUCCCCAAAGGCUAUUCAGUUCCCCCACGAAGCCACGGAGGUGUGCAGGAACGAGGCAGGGUGGGGCCAGCAAGGUCAGUCUGCAGCUCCCACAGAGAAGCAUGGCCCUGUGGAGAAGGCAAGAGAAAUGGGGGCUGAAGGCACUGGCGAUGCAGUGUUGGGAGAAAGUGGGCUAGAAGAAGGUGUGUUGUCCCUGGAGCGUGCCUCUGCAUUACAGAGCAUCAAGGCGCCCAGCAUGACUUCCUUAGGAGGAGGGGGAGAGGAAAGGAAGAGCAGCCCACCUCAGGUAGAGGGGGACACAGCAGGGAAGUUGAUGAGUAGCUUUAAUGAAUUGGCUCAUGUGGAGCAGGCCAAGGAGGAUGAAACACUGGCACCCUGUGUCCGAGGUGGCCAAGUUUGGGAUGGAAAAUUGAGCAAAGAGGAGCCCUUGGAUAAAAAUAAGAAGACCUUGGAUAAAAAUGAAGAGAUUGAGCAAGCUGCCUACCAGAUCAUCUCCAAAGUGAUCUUGGAUGCAACUGAAGAAGUGCUGGUCACCACUGUGGGCAAGAUGGCAGGUUGCAUGUAUCAGGCCUCAGCCGGUCAGCUCCAAGAGCAGGAGGAGGAGAGGUGUGCCCCAAUCUGCCAGGAAACUGCCCUUGGGCAAGAUGCCUUGGAGUCCACUCAGGCCACAAUGGAGGUGACCACAGCGAAGGCAGUCUUACACCCAUUGGAGUCAGCUUUGGACCCGUUGAAGUCAGCCUUGGGUCAGUCAGAUACUGCCUUCCCCUUGCCAGGCCUGCCAGUAGAGGACCUGCCACCACCACCAAAGACUUACGUGAGCUGCCUGACCAGCCCUCUGUCUAGCCCCACCAAGGACACGAAGCCAAAGAACUCUGUGCACCACAUCGCCCUGGCCCCCUGCCCACCACCAGCCGCCCCCCUCGGAGAGUCGUUGGACAACAAAACCGUCCUGGUGGAAGAUGCUGGCUGUGUCACCUGCAUGUCUGACAAUAGCCAGGGUGUCCCUUCAGAGUCCUCCUCCGGGCAGUGCUCAGAUUCCGUCAGCACGUCAGGGCUCGAAGACUCUUGUACAGAGACCAACUCAAGCUCUAGGGACAAGGCUAUCACCUCGCCACUGCCACAAAGUACUGUGCCCUUCAGCAAUGGGGUGCUGAAGGAGGAGUUGUCAGACGUGGGGACUGAGGAUGGAUGGACCAUGGAUGCGGAAGCAGAUCAUUCGGGAGGCUCGGACGGGAACAGCAUGGAUUCAGUGGACGGCUGCUGUGGACCCAGGAAGACUGACGGUUUCCAGAAUGCCCAGGCAGGCUCUAAUCCUAAGAAGGUCGACCUCAUCAUCUGGGAGAUUGAGGUGCCAAAGCACUUAGUCGGUCGGCUAAUUGGCAAGCAGGGGCGGUAUGUGAGUUUUUUGAAGCAAACAUCUGGUGCCAAGAUCUACAUCUCCGCCCUGCCUUACACCCAGAAUGUCCAGAUCUGCCACAUAGAAGGCUCUCAGCAUCAUGUAGACAAGGCGCUGAACUUGAUUGGGAAGAAGUUCAAGGAACUGAACCUCACCAAUAUUUAUGCUCCCCCCCUGCCUUCGCUGGCACUGCCUUCUCUUCCAAUGACUUCCUGGCUCAUGCUCCCAGAUGGCAUCACUGUGGAAGUGAUCGUGGUCAACCAGGUCAAUGCAGGGCACCUGUUUGUGCAGCAACACACGCACCCUACCUUCCAUGCACUGCGCAGCCUGGACCAGCAGAUGUACCUCUGCUACUCUCAGCCUGGAAUCCCCACCUUGCCCACCCCGGUAGAAAUAACAGUCAUCUGUGCAGCCCCUGGUGCGGAUGGUGCUUGGUGGCGAGCACAAGUGGUGGCCUCCUACGAGGACACAAACGAAGUUGAAAUUCGCUAUGUGGACUACGGGGGAUAUAAGAGAGUGAAAGUAGACGUGCUCCGGCAAAUCCGGUCUGACUUUGUGACCCUGCCUUUCCAGGGAGCAGAAGUCCUUCUGGAUAGCGUGAUGCCCCUGUCAGACGAUGAGCACUUCUCACCCGAGGCGGAUGCAGCUGUGAGCGAGAUGACUGGAAACACUGCACUGCUGGCUCAGGUGACGAAUUACAGUCCGACUGGCAUUCCUUUGAUCCAGCUGUGGAGCGUGGUAGGAGAUGAAGUGGUGUUGAUAAACCGGUCGCUGGUGGAGCGAGGACUUGCUCAGUGGGUAGACAGCUACUACACAAGCCUCUGA